CUCCAAGAGAAUCUUGUUCGUUCCCAUUCAGCUGGUGUGGGCAAACCCUUGUCACCGGAGAGGUGCCGCAUGCUGCUGGCUCUCAGGAUCAAUGUCCUUGCCAAGGGUUACAGUGGAAUCUCCUUGGAGACCCUCGGGCAAAUGAUCCAGGCCUUCAAUGCUUCCUGCCUCUCCUACGUCCCAGAGAAGGGAACUGUUGGGGCCAGUGGGGAUCUCGCUCCCCUGGCUCACCUUGCCCUCGGACUGAUGGGCGAAGGGAAAAUGUGGUCACCAAAAAGUGGCUGGGCCGACGCUAAAUAUGUCUUACAGGCACACGGACUGAAACCUGUUUCAUUGAAACCAAAGGAGGGGCUGUCGCUGAUCAACGGGACACAGAUGAUCACGUCACUGGGCGCGGAGGCAGUGGAGAGAGCGAUGGCCAUAGCCCGACAGGCUGACAUUAUAGCGGCCCUUACACUAGAGGUUCUCAAAGGCACCACCAGAGCCUUCGACAGUGACAUUCACGAACUGCGGCCACACCCCGGUCAGGUGGAGGUAGCCUUCCGGUUCCGGUCGUUGCUGGGUUCCGAUCAUCAUCCCUCUGAGAUAGCAGAAAGCCACCGGUUCUGUAAUCGCGUGCAGGAUGCCUACACCCUGAGGUGCUGCCCACAGGUCCAUGGAGUGGUGAAUGAUACCAUUGCCUUUGUCAAAAAUAUCAUUGAGACGGAAAUUAACAGUGCUACAGAUAAUCCAAUGGUGUUUGCAGAAAGAGGAGAGACAAUUUCUGGCGGAAACUUUCACGGGGAAUAUCCUGCAAAAGCCCUUGAUUAUCUGGCGAUCGCUGUCCACGAGCUGGCUGCGAUCAGCGAGCGGCGCAUCGAGAGGCUGUGUAAUCCGUCUCUGAGUGAACUGCCUGCCUUCCUGGUUAACGAAGGGGGGCUGAACUCUGGCUUCAUGAUCGCUCACUGCUCAGCCGCAGCCUUGGUCUCUGAGAACAAGGUCCUGUGCCACCCGUCGUCUGUUGACUCGCUGUCCACCAGCGCUGCCACCGAGGACCACGUCUCCAUGGGAGGAUGGGCUGCCAGGAAGGCACUGAGAGUCAUAGAGCACGUCGAACAAGUGCUCAGCAUCGAGCUGCUCGCCGCUUGUCAAGGUAUCGAGUUCUUACGGCCCCUGAGGACGACCACACCUCUGGAGAAGGUGUACGACCUGGUCCGCUCAGUAGUGAGGCCCUGGAUCAAAGACCGAUUCAUGGCGCCAGACAUUGACAUUGUCCAUCGGCUGUUGUUGGAGCAGAAGGUUUGGGAAGUGGCUUGCCCUUACAUCGAGAAGUACCGACUAGCAAACCUGCCCGAGGCCAGGCCCAUCUCACCAACUGCAUUCACGCUGCCGUCAAGUCCUUCCUGCAAACGAGCUCGAAAGGAGUAGCUUCCCCAAACCAUCCGUAGCCUGGUGACCGGAACAGAAACGCCUGAAACUUUCUGUAAUAUAUUUUUACGAAACUGUGCAGUUCCUUGCGUAAAGGUAACAUUUACAGGAUGACUGAAAGACAAGUUAAUUUUAUAAAGGGUCAAAUUGUCAAAAUUGCAUUGACGUUAUGUAAUGCUUAAGUGGUUGAAAUUAUCAAAUACUGUAUUUCAGUACCCGAGUUAGACGAACCAGGAGAUUCAGGGGUCCCUAGCCUGACCCAUUCACGAUCUGACCUUCUUGGAAUGCAGGCAUAUUAUCAGAAUAAUAGCAGUGGCAGUACAAUAGCUAUUAGAUAAUUCAGUAUUUUAAUAAUAAAUAUUUGAAACAUUACAA